CCGCGGACCGAAGUGCCGCGGAAGAUGGCGGCUGAGGCGCUGAGUGGAGGGGAGGCACCGGCCUGCAACUCCGGCCGGAGUGAUGCCAUCUGCAGUUUUGUCAUUUGCAAUGAUUCUCCUCUUCGAGGUCAGCCUGUUAUCUUCAAUCCUGACUUUUUUGUGGAGAAACUCCGACAUGAGAAACCAGAGAUGUUCACCGAGUUGGUGGUCAGCAACAUCACAAGACUUAUUGAUUUGCCUGGAACUGAGCUGGCUCAGCUGAUGGGGGAAGUGGACCUUAAGUUGCCUGGUGGGGCUGGCUCAGCCGCAGGGUUCUUCAGAUCUCUAAUGUCACUCAAACGGAAGGAAAAAGGAGUGGUAUUUGGAUCUCCACUGACAGAGGAAGGCAUUGCCCAGAUAUACCAACUGAUUGAAUAUCUGCACAAAAACUUGCGAGUAGAAGGCUUGUUCAGAGUACCAGGCAACAGUGUCCGACAGCAGCUUUUGAGGGAUGCUCUCAAUAAUGGAACCGAUAUUGACUUGGAUUCAGGAGAGUUUCACUCAAAUGAUGUUGCCACGCUGCUGAAGAUGUUUCUAGGAGAGUUACCAGAGCCUCUGCUGACCCAUAAACAUUUCCAUGUACACCUCAAAAUUGCUGAUUUGAUGCAGUUUGAUGAUAAAGGAAAUAAGACCAACGUACCUGACAAGGAGCGACAGAUUGAGGCCCUGCAGCUGCUUUUCCUCAUCCUCCCUCCAGCCAAUCGUAACUUGCUCAAGUUACUGCUUGAUCUCCUGUAUCAAACAGCGAAGAAGCAAGACAAGAAUAAGAUGUCUGCCUAUAACCUUGCCCUUAUGUUUGCACCUCAUGUCCUGUGGCCCAAAAAUGUCACUGCAAAUGACCUUCAGGAGAAUAUCACCAAGUUAAAUACUGGGAUGGCUUUUAUGAUCAAACACUCCCAGAAGCUUUUUAAGGCUCCUGCUUAUAUUCGGGAAUGUGCCAGACUGUACUAUCUGGGCUCCAGAACUCAAGUGUCAAAGGAUGAUCUUGAUUUGACAACCUCAUGUCAUGCCAUGUCCUUCCAGCUGUCAAGAUCUCAGAAACGGAAUAGGGUAGAUUCUUGUUCUCAGCAGGAGGAGACCCAGCAACAUACAGAAGAGGCUCUGAAAGAACUCUUUCAACAUGUUCAUAACAUGCCAGACUCAACAAAGAAGAAACAACUUAUUCGACAGUUCCAUAAGCAGUCUUUGACUCAAACACCAGGGCGAGAGCCUUCUACUCCCAGAGUCCAGAAGAGAGCCCGUUCACGCUCCUUUAGUGGGCUUAUUAAGCGCAAAGUCCUGGGCAAUCAGAUGAUGUCAGAAAAGAAAAACAAGUCCCCUACUCCAGAGGCUGUGGCCAUGGGUGAACGGAAGAGAGUCAGCAAAGAAAAUAUGAGCUUGUUCUUUUCUGGCUCUCCAACUGUCACAAUGACACCAACAAGAUUGAAAUGGUCUGAGGGGAAGAAAGAGGGGAGAAAAGGAUUCCUCUGAAGGGUCAGCUAGAGUUCCCCUGUUGUCUACAGUGAAGUUCUCUUCAGUGGGACAGGUGUUACUUUUGUUCCCAGUGAAGCUUGCAGCUUGCUCCCUGCAUUUUGAAUUGUGAAAGCCAAUCAAACCAUGACCAACUGAUACCUCUAACCCACUCACUGGAUGUCUCUGAAGCUGUGCCUCUGAGAGAAUGCUCUGUUCUCUGUGUUUGUUUUUAAUAUGAGGAAGCUUACACAGUGCAGUAGGUGGGCAGCUAUGCUUAAUCAGUGUGCUGGGUCGGUUCUGUUUCUUCUUAAGAAUAGGAAAUUUUAUGUUUAAUAGCUAGUAAUAUGUUUUAAAAGCACUGUCAGUCUUAGUGGACUGUUAUAUAUUAACUGGUAUUUGGGACUUUUCUCUGUGUUGUUAGUAGUGAGGAAGUGACUGUUUAUUUACUUGUUUUAAAAGCCAUCGUUUAGAUUCACAACCUACAUGGAUUUUAAGUUAAAUGCCUUUGACCCCUUUUCAUUUUGAGCUUGAGAAAUCUCUGUAUCUUAUUAUGUUCAAAGAAUUUACAGCUUUCCUAGACAUUCUAUUAUUUCUUAUGUCUAAUUUAGGGGAUUUGACCUGGCAAUGAAAAAGAAUUCAAUACAGUAUAUUUUAACAGAUUUCAGCUACUGAACUGCACCCCCAUGCCUCACUGUCUUCCCCUCAGUGAUCUGAGAAUGGUUGUGUGGUUGUUAACUUGCUUUCUGCAUUAGUUUCCUCUCACCUGAAUAUCUCUGGUUCCACUGACACCUCUGUGGCAGACUCCUGGGGCUUGAGAAGAGCUACGAACUGAUCCAUAGAGCUUGCUGCAAUCUGCAUGUGGUAGAGACUCUGGAGUCAUGCCUUGAGGGACUGGUUGGCCUUGGUAGGAUCCUGUCACACAUUCCUAAGUAUCAAAUAUGCCACUCAACUGUCUCCUGAGAGCAGCUUGAAACCAGGAAAGACAUACAUAGCAGUCUCUGCAGGGCCCAUAUGGAAUAGAAGAGCCCCCACAGGAGCAGUUGUGGUGUUCUCCCAGUCAUCAAACAGUUGCUCUCUGCCCCUCUGUCAGGAUGGGCACAGGAGCCACUGCCCAGUGAGCAUCAGGUGGAAGGUGAGGAUGUUGAGGUACAGGCUGACUCUGCAGAACUGUGCAACCAUCCUCACCCCACUGUGGGGAUCCAGGUACACAGCAAAAUACGGUUUGCCAACUUAGUGAUAGACAGUUGAAAAUGCUGUGUUACUAUUGAAAUGAGAGCCACCUUCAGGGUAGCAGAGGCUGACUUUGUGUCUGUCUGUCAGCCUCUUCCAUCCUAUUCUGUUUAUUCUGUUGCUGUAGUAGCAAACGUAAAGGGAAAUGUGGUAAUUGGCUUUCCUGCUGGAUAGUUUGGGAACAGUGGAGGUGUUUAAGUUUCUUUCUCGAAAAGAGUUUAGGUCAUCCUUAAAGAUUUCAUUAACAAGUUCAUUUGUCUAGGUUUCUGUUUGACUCUUUUUGUUGUUACUAAGAAAAGGUUUAUUAUUUUUUUUAAAUAAAUUUCUUGUGUUAGGUAUAUAGUGAGGUCAAACAGAAAUCCUUUUGUAUUACCGAAUAAAAGAAGCUCUUCCCAGCAUGAAGCUUCCUUUAAGUGUGUUCCACCGUGUUGUACUGUGGCACUGGGCGG